UCCCGCAAGUAUGACGCUGUGCCCACUCCGCCCCGCCCCGGUUCCCCGAGGUUUUCUAUAGCGUCACGUUGCUCUGCAGCACAGUCGGUCUCAGCGGAAGCUCGGCAUCCUUCACCUUGGACUUCUUCUCGUCACUUCGCACUCCCCCCCACGAGAGAAGCCACCAUGACUCACCAGUUCCCCGCGCUGACUCCUGCUCAGAAGAAGGAGCUGCAGGACAUCGCCCUGAGGAUCGUGGCCCCCGGCAAGGGCAUCCUCGCUGCCGACGAGUCCACCGGCAGCAUGGCGAAGCGCUUCACCCCCAUCGGCGUGGACAACACGGAGGAGAACCGCCGGCGCUACCGUCAGCUGCUGUUCACGGCCGACGGGCGCAUCGACAACUGCAUCGGCGGGGUCAUCUUCUUUCACGAGACGCUCUACCAGAACACCGACGACGGCACGCCCUUCUCCAAGCUCAUCAAGGACCGCGGCAUUGUCGUCGGCAUCAAGGUGGACAAAGGUGUUGUUCCCCUCGCCGGAACCAAUGGAGAGACUACCACUCAAGGUCUGGACGGGUUGUCAGAGCGCUGCGCCCAGUACAAGAAGGACGGCGCUGACUUUGCCAAGUGGCGCUGCGUGCUGAAAAUCAGCGAUACCACACCCUCCGAGCUGGCUAUAUAUGAGAACGCCAACGUGCUAGCACGCUACGCUAGCAUUUGCCAGCAGAAUGGCAUCGUUCCUAUUGUGGAGCCAGAGAUCCUCCCUGAUGGAGACCAUGAUCUUAAGCGCUGCCAGUACGUCACCGAGAAGGUCCUGGCCGCUGUGUACAAGGCUCUGUCGGACCACCACAUCUACCUGGAGGGCACCCUGCUCAAGCCCAACAUGGUCACCGCUGGACACGCCUGCCCCACCAAGUACAGCAACGAGGAGAUCGCCAUGGCGACCGUCACUGCCCUGCGCCGCACCGUGCCUCCUGCCGUCACAGGCGUGACCUUCCUGUCGGGCGGCCAGUCGGAGGAAGAGGCCAGUGUCAACCUCAACGCCAUCAAUACCUGCCCCUUGGCCAAGCCCUGGGCACUCACCUUCUCCUACGGCCGCGCCCUGCAGGCCUCAGCCCUACAGGCCUGGCGAGGAGACAUGAGCAACGAGAAGGCCGCAACCGAGGAGUUCAUCAAGCGCGCUGAGGCUAACAGCUUGGCCGCCAUGGGCAAGUACGAGUCCUCCGGCAGCGGUGGCGCAGCUGGGCAGUCCCUUUAUGUGGCCAAUCACGCCUACUAAUAAGCAAACAUGUGACCUAGUUAGUCUUAUAUCUGCUCUGCUAUUAAAACCUGCCGCCCUUCCUCCCCACACACUUCUCUAUUCAUGCAUCACUGGCCUGCGCUGUCUAUUGAACUUCAUUAUGUUGAUUAAAACAUUAGGUGUUAAAAAGCAGAGAAGGAGCACACUGAAAAGAGAGCUGCUGUAUUUUUAUGAUCAAACAAAUCAAAACAGAUGAAAGUAUUUUGGAGGUGGGACCAACACAAAGAAAUAGGCUUUUUGUCUCCUAGCAUGUGUGUGGGACCAAGCAACAUGGUGACAUCGAGGAGGCAAUGUUGGUCUGAAAAGAUGCAAGGGACUCCACUAAUCAGUCAACUUUGUGUGUGUGUGCGCGCGUGUGUGUCCACGUUAGCUUUAAAUUGCACCGUUUUAAUGUAUACGGUUGUGUGUAGCUGUCAAUAUUGUGUGUCAUUCCCCUCUCCCCAGGAUUGCAAAGAAGUUCAUUAAAAUGAUGCUUGGUUUGUGGGGACUCACUGCUGUAUUGGAUCAACUGUGAUUGUUUGUGUUGUUAAUAUUGUUCUUGAAGCACUUGCUGUGUCAAAUAGUUAAGACAAAUAAACUAUAUUAAACUAAA